CGAUGUAAACAAACGGAGGUCGUCUGUUGUUGAUCUUCCGCUUCCCCGAUUAACAGAGGAUCCCAUUGCCCAUUUCCAACCUAGGUUGGAAAAAUAAUGGAGGCAGAAGAGGAGAAGCAGGAAAUAGAUUGAUGGACACCACAAGGAAACGACAGGGGUUGCAAGACCUGCAGUGUCCUGACAAUCUUGCUUUAUUGUGAUGAUGGCUGGUUAUGGACCUCCUGUAGGAGAUAGAUGCCGUUUCUGUGGACUGGAUCUUCCCCCUGAUGCAGUAACAGUCAUGACGCACAUCAAUACACAUUGGAGACAGUUCAAUUUGGAGUCGUUGUCACUGAGUCCCUGUGCUUUUGAACCCCAGCUUGAUAUCAGAGUUGGCAACACUCCACUCAACCCUGAAGACCUGGAAGUCUCAGCUCACAUGGAACAAGGUUUUCAGUACACCUAUUCACCCCAGACUGAACCCUCAAAUUUGACUAUCAAUGGAGCACGAUGCUCUCCGCUGAAUCUAACAGGUAGACCCAAGUCCUCUUCACCAUUGUCCUCCCCAUUACCCAAUGCCCCCACAGCUCCUCCACCUCCUUCAGCACCUCCUCAUCACCAGCCAUGUGUCAUUGGUCCUGUGGGGAUUCCUCCUCCUCAUCCUCACCAUCACUCCUUUCCCUUGAGUAUGUUGGGUCCCCCUCAGGGUCCCAUACAACUCCCUCCCCACCAUGUUAAUCAGAACAUCCCAAUGGAUGGCAGCUUGCAGCCCCAUGAUGACCAGAAUGGCAUGAUGAAGAGGAAGAGAAGACACGAGCGCUUUAUGGAGAUGAGAUGCCAAGCUUGUGGGCGAACUUUUUUCACAAAAUCAUCCUUUGAUGAGCAUAUGGAGAGCCACAUCAAAGAUAACAGUGCUUAUAUCAUGAGUGAACAUAUAGAUACAGGGCCUGGGGUACAAAAUGUGAUGUCAUGUUCAAUGCCAGAUAAACCCUAUAAAUGUGCAGUUUGUGAUAGAGAAUUUGUUUACAAGGAGGAAUUGCUUGAACACACUGAAAGUCAUGAAGCAGCUAAACCAUACAAAUGUGAUAUCUGUGGUGCUGGACUGUCACACAUUAGUGCUUUGAGACGACAUAGACUUGCCCACAGUGGCUAUAAACCACACCGUUGUGAGAUCUGCAGCCGUAGUUUUUUCCAAAAGUGUGAUCUGCAGCGACACUAUUCUACACAUGGAAAAGCCAAGCAGUUUGAGUGUAGCAUGUGUAAAAAGAAAUAUUCAUCUCUUCACUUUUUGGAAAAUCACAAAUGUAAGCCCCCAGAGGAACCAAAACCUUUCAAGUGUGACAUUUGUGGUGAAGGCUGUGCCAACAACAUGGCUUGGAGUUAUCAUAUGUGGAAGCACACCAAGAACCCAAUGUUUGUGCCAUUUCAAGAAAAAUUCAAUAUGCAGACAGGUCAAACUGAGUCUAGUUAAAGCAUCGAUAAGUGUCACUGAAAGUGCUCCAGUUUUUAGUAUCGAAUCUCAUUUUUUUAAAGUACAAUUUUAUUUUUUCAUCAGUUCAUCUCAGAAAUGGUUGUGUUUAAAAAAUGUAAAUUCUGUUAUCAGAAAAUUUCCUUAAAGAAAAUAUGUGUGUAGUGCUGAUAAUAUCUACAGUUGCAGAAAGGAGUAUCUCUACUCCUUUGAUUUGUUCAUAUCUAUUUGCAUGUUAUGAUUGGGUGAUUGGUUGUAGCAUAAAUACAAUACAUAUGAAACAUUAGUUUGAGCUAUGGCAAACCUCUCCACCAGCCACAUACCACAAACACCAUUAAUUUGGCAUUCCAAAGGGAAUACAGACACUCCUUUCCACAGCUGUACCAGUAAAUCUAAAUCUAUUGUGGAAAGCUGUAUCAGUAAUUAUAAAUCUAUUGUAACUUCAGUGGUUACUGAACUUGGCUAAGUGGUGCAUUUCAGGAAACAUAUUUUCCAAAUGUAGAUUAUUCUUUUUAGGGACUGCCUUUGGAGCUUGGGGCAGCUGUUUUAUUUUUAUAUUGAGUUAGUGAUUUCAGGACAUUGGACUGUGGUUCCAUGUCUUGUAACAUGAAUUAUGGCUCUGCUUUGCACUGUGUUAGUUUCAGUUAUUGUACAUUGGUGACAUAUCAUUUCAUUUAAAUAAGUGGGUGUGAAUUUGAAUUGUGAGGGAGAAUAUUUAUUGAGAAAUAUUAUUCCUAAGUCUGCUAUGGAACUAGUCUUUUGCUCAGCUUUUUUAAGUUGAAAGUGAUAUAACUAUGUUAGCUGUAAUAUGGAUGUUUUUAAGUUAUUGGGAAUAUGUAAAUCAUUUAUAUGUGAAAUAUAUGGUGACAAGUA